AGCCGCCCGUGUGCCCAGGCCUCGCCGGGUCCCGGGGGAGCGCGAGCGCCAAAGUCCGAUGGCGCCGGGCACUGGCCUCGGGUGAGGCGCCUGGGGUCGGGCGCGCCCGCCGGCGGCCGUGCCCGACCUCGCGUUGUUGGACGCUGGCCGCUGGCCCCCCUGCGGAGAGGGCGCCGAGAUGGCGCCGGCGCCCGCGCUGUGGCAGUGGGCCGCUGCCGCGGCGCCGGGAAGUAGGGCGAGGUGCGCGGCGAGCUUCGGCGGCAUGCCCACGGGUUUCCUCGGCGACGUGCUGGGCGCGGAGCCGGCGCCGCGGCCCAGAGCCAGCCCCGCGAGUUCCAGCGCGACCAGGGACGCGCUGCGGGCCUACGCGGAGCUGGAGGCGCAGGCGCGCGCGAGGCGCCAGGCGGCGGCGCAGGCGGCCGCCGACGCCGAGGCUGGGCGCACGGGUGGCAGCGACCGGCGCUGGCUGGCGGCCGUGCACCAGGUGGGCGACUCGGUCAGCCCGCAGACGAGACAGCUGUCGGAGGAGGCGCUGGGCAGGUUCGGGAACAACAAGCUCACGAAGUUUACGCUGGACAGACCAGCGCUCGGCCCGCUACUUCUGCGACCACCCCGAGCGGCCCCUCGGGCAGCUCCCGGAGACCGAGCACCCCAGG